GCCCAAGGAGGUUGUGAUGGCUUGACAGGUGCGUGACAAUCGGGAGCUCUCUGCAAGCAUGUACGCCAAAGGCAAGAGUAGCAACGUGCCGUCCGACAGCCAAGCCAGAGAAAAGUUAGCGCUGUACGUGUAUGAGUACCUGCUACAUGUGGGAGCCCAGAAGUCAGCACAGACCUUCCUGUCGGAGAUCCGAUGGGAGAAGAACAUCACGUUAGGAGAACCUCCGGGGUUUCUCCACUCUUGGUGGUGUGUUUUCUGGGACCUGUACUGUGCGGCACCGGAGAGAAGAGACACUUGUGAGCACUCCAGCGAGGCCAAGGCCUUCCACGACUACAGCGCGGCAGCUGCUCCGAGUCCCGUCCUGGGCAACCUUCCCCCGGGAGACGGCAUGCCCGUGGGCCCGGUCCCCCCGGGUUUUUUUCAGCCUUUUAUGUCCCCUCGAUACCCGGGAGGACCCAGACCGCCCCUCAGAUUGCCCAAUCAGGGGCUCGGCGGCGUGCCAGGAAGUCAGCCCAUGCUGCCCAGCGGCAUGGACCCCACACGACAGCAAGGACACCCGAAUAUGGGCGGGCCGAUGCAGCGGAUGACGCCACCCAGGGGCAUGGUGCCCCUCGGCCCCCAGAGCUACGGAGGAGGGAUGAGGCCGCCCCUGAACGCGCUCGUCGGGCCCGGGAUGCCGGGCAUCAGCAUGGGUCCAGGAGGCGGGAGACCGUGGCCAAAUCCUCCAAAUUCAAAUUCUACUCCAUAUUCGUCUGCGUCCCCAGGCAGUUAUGUGGGACCUCCAGGAGGAGGGGGCCCCCCCGGCACCCCAAUCAUGCCGAGUCCAGCAGAUUCGACUAACUCUGGCGACAACAUGUACACCAUGAUCAGCACGGGCCCCCCGGGCGGCAGUCGACCGAACUUCGCGAUGGGGGCAGGAGGGGACGGCCCAUUAGGGGGAAUGGCUGGAAUGGAGCCCCAUCACAUGAACGGAUCAUUAGGGUCUGCUGAUAUGGACAGUCUCCCAAAGAACUCUCCGGGUAAUCUGAGUAUGAGCAACCAGCCGGGAACCCCCAGAGAGGACGGAGACAUGGCCGGAAACUUCCUCAACCCUUUUCAGAGCGAAAGUUAUUCUCCAAACAUGACCAUGAGCGUGUGAAGACGACGCCAGCGGCUUGUUCUCUCGCCUGCUUUGUCGACUCCUCCUCCUCCUCCUCAUCCUCGCCCUCGAGCUCCCCGAUCAGGACAGCGACCCAGGCCUUUGCCCCCCAACCCCCCCACCCCGAUGUUUGUCUCGUCUAACUUGUCCCCGUUGCAGAUAAGCACUUGGCCUCACUCAGCAGUUCCUCUCGGCAUCUUUGCGACCGUACAAAGGAACAAUUCAAAAAGGAAAAGCCCGACCGAGCCCGAACAGACAGACAGACAGACAGACGGCCGGCCGGCGUCCCAUUUAUUUGAAAGUCGAGAGACAAUGCCGACGCUAAACUUUACUGUAAAUGCUUCUCACCAUGAACUUUUUUUUUUUUAAUUUUCUUAAUUUCCCAACAAAUAUAUCUCAUGAGGACACAUUACGAUCGCAUUCCCAUCACGUUUAUUUAUAUUCUGUAGAUUUUUACGAUGCCUUUUUAACAUUUGUGUUUGUCCGCAUCGCUUUUCUUUUUUUUUUUUUUCCAUUUCAAAUUUGGGAAAAAAAAGCCUUAAGGUUGAUGGAAUCAAAUAUUGACUUUCCUUUAAUAAUUAAUUGAUUUUUUUUUUUAAGGUGGCCCAUGUGAUGUGUUCUUUGAACUUUGAAGCCAAAUAAUCUAGAAUAUUUCCUACGAGUUGCUUAAUGGCUGCACGCGCAUUCCGGUUGCCUAUUUGUUAAAAAAAAAAAGAUUAAAUAAUGGAUAAAUAAUGUUGUUUAGUUAUUUAAAAUUCUUACACAAUGCAAAAAAAAAAAAAAAUACAAAUAUAAAAUAGCAUUCCAAAAUUGAAACUCCUCAUCAUCCGCUCAAAACUGUGACAUCAGCGUGGACGAAACGGGAGGUUGGCGCAGAACGUGGGAUUGUUUUGCAAUUGAUGAUUUGUGACAUUUUAUUUAUGGUGUACAAAAGGUCCACGUGCCUGUGAACCCCCCCCCCCCAACUCCCCCCCCCCCCCCCCAACACCUUCCCGACUGCAAAGUGUACAGCCCGCAAAUGUAGCUCCCUGUCUUGUACGUGUAUUUGAUAUUAUGGUUCUUAUUAUUUAAUGACAAUUCUUACUGGUAACGGGAGGAACGGACUGAUGAUGAUGACGAUGAUGAUGAUGAUGAUGAUGAUGACGACGAUGCCAUGUGACAAAACUUUUAUUUGUGGUUCUUUUGUAAGUACGAAGCCAUAGGUGGGAGUACAAGAUGACACAUUUGUAAAUUGGACCUUGUUUUGGUGGCAGUACGUUGAACUCCAUUUGUGUUGUUGUUCACUUCUUUUUAAUUUUCUUUGUUUUUUUUUUUUGUUUUUUUUUAAUUCUUAUAUUCAGUUUUUGUAAAUAUACAGAGAAGUAUUUCAUGGUUUUGAAUAUGCUGGUAUAAAUCUU